AAGUGAGUGCAGCUCAUUUGUUUCGUUCGGAUUCUUGUUCUCGGAGAGCGAGCGGAGGUUGUUUUGAUCCAAACAAAACGAAAACCGAAGAGUUAAAUUCAUCAAAUGGCUUGCUCUCCUUAAAGGAACCACUUUGAGGAUGCCCGAAUGAAGGAGAUAAGGAGCAGUUCCUCUGGUCUCGGUCGCCUUCAGUUGUUGUCAUGAAUCCCAACGCGUCCUCAGCUCGCAGCGAGGGCCAGUCCCCAACAGAUGACCUGAUGGACGACUGGCUCUUCCUCUCGUCUGAUUCGGCCGAGCCUCAGGGCCCGGGAGUGAGCAGGCAGGACCUGGAGACGGAGGAGAGAGGCCAGCUCAAAUCCAAGUUCCUCUCAGCAUGGAACAGUGUCAAAUAUGGCUUGUCCUUAAAGCAGAAAUCCAAGUUCAGCAAGAGCUCUCCUGUGAUCAUGUUUGGACAAUCCUACGAGCUCAAGGAUCAUGAGGAGAGAGAGCAUUUCCGGCGCUCCUUUGCGUCUCUGCUGUGGUUGACGUACAGACGGGGUUUCCCUCAGCUGGCCGGCUGCUCUCUGACCAGCGACAGCGGCUGGGGUUGUGUUCUACGCACGGGGCAGACGCUGCUGGCCCGAGGCCUGCUCCUGCACCUGAUGCCACCAGGUUGGACUUGGUCUGCGAGCCACCAUGACCACCACGCGUUCAAAGACGACAUGGACCUGCCGCUGACUCGCCCCUCAGACAGCGCAGAGCGUGGAGCGGAUGUAAAGGAAGGGCCCAAAAAAAGCGGUCGAAAACUGAGCCUGAGUCGAAAACUGAGCCUGGGUUCCCUCAUGGACAGACCCAUGGAGGCUACACACAGGAGGGUGGUGUCAUGGUUUGCAGACCACCCCACAGCCCCUUUUGGGAUACACCAGCUGGUGGAGUUGGGCAAAAGCUCGGGGAAGAAAGCCGGGGACUGGUACGGACCUUCCAUGGCGGCGCACAUCCUCCGGAAAGCUGUGGCAGCAUCGGCAGACCUUCCCAAUCUAGUCGUGUAUGUUGCACAGGAUUGCACCAUCUACUUGGAAGAUGUGAAGGGGCUGUGUGAGGGGCCCCACCCUCAGUCCUGGAAGUCUGUCAUCAUCCUGGUUCCCGUGCGACUCGGAGGACGAGAUCUCAAUCCCUCCUACGUCACUUGUGUCAAAAAACUCUUGACAUUACAAUGCUGCAUUGGAAUCAUUGGGGGCAAACCGAAGCACUCCCUGUUCUUCGUCGGCUUCCAGGAUGACCAUCUGCUGUACUUGGACCCUCACUACUGUCGGCCAGCAGUGGAUACAACAAAGGAGAACUUUCCCUUGGAGUCGUUUCACUGUAAGUAUCCCAGGAAAAUGGCUUUCUCUCGCAUGGACCCCAGCUGUACUAUAGGAUUCUAUGCUAAAGGCCAGAAGGACUUUGAGUCACUGUGCACAGUUGUUGAGGAGGCUCUGUCCACAUCGGCGGAGAUGUACCCCAUGUUUAUAUUCGCCAAAGGAAAAAGUCAGGAGGAGGAAGAGGAGGAGGAGGAGCGAACCAACGCAGCCGCCAACAACAUGGCCUACAUCCAGAGGAAGACGCAGCGGAGAAGAGUCGACACUUGCAGCAGCAUGGAUGAGUUUGUUCUGUUAUGAACAGAAGACCAUCUGAUCUGCAGUCUGCAGGGAUUCAUCUUAAAGGACAAUUCUGGUGCACAACGAACCUAGGGGUUAAUAACAGAUGUGUACCCAGUCGACCGUUCUCUGGGACAUGUUUUCAUGCUAAUCGAAUG